GAAAUAAUAAAUAAGGGAAAACCCCUGAACGGUUGGGGUAUCCGAGCCUGCAGGUUCGGAAUGAGGUUCGCCGACAUGUGGCUUUAUCCCAGCGAAAUUCAAAAAGUGGCACUGACUCGUACUCAUAGCAUCACUACUAUAGUAUAAAGCAGAGGAGAGAAGUAGCCUUUUCGAGUUUGUAGUGAGAGAAAAUAAAAGGCGAAUUCAUGGCCAAUUCCCCAAUGUAGUAGUUUUUGUGGAGUGAGAAACAAUUUAUCAAUUAUUAAUUUUUAUGUAUGUAAUUUGUUUAUUGCUGCAUUGAUAUUGGGAACCCCAGCCCACUCUUCUAACGGUCAGAUAUUUUUUUUAAGAUAAAAUCGAAUCAAUUCUAUUGAUUCUGUUUAUGCCGGAGGACUGAAAUUCGGAGCUGUGUGAAUUUUUUUGAGUGAAUUUGGAAUGGCGGCGAUUGAAGGUGGACUGUCCUUCUCUGUGGCGUCGGUUGUGGAGGAUGUUCUGCAACAGCACGGAAAUCGAUCUCGUACUCUUGAUUUUGAUGCUCGCAGAGCCGAAGAAGCCGCAAUAAGAAGAUAUGAAGCUGCUGCUUGGCUGAGAAAAAUCGUAGGAGUAGUGGCCGCAAAAGAUUUACCGAACGAACCUUCCGAGGAAGAAUUUCGGCUGGGGUUGAGAAGUGGAAUAAUUCUCUGCAAUGCACUUAAUAAAGUUCAGCUUGGUGCUGUGCAAAAGGUAGUCGAAAGUCCAUGUAAUGCGGCACUAGUGCCAGAUGGCGCUGCAUUGUCAGCGUUUCAGUACUUUGAGAAUGUGAGGAAUUUUCUUGUAGCAGUGCAAGAAUUGGGGAUGCCUACUUUUGAGGCCUCUGAUCUUGAGCAGGGAGGAAAAUCGUCGAGGGUUGUGAAUUGUGUGCUGGCAAUUAAGUCCUACUAUGAAUGGAAACAGACAGGAGGAAACGGGGUUUGGAAGUUUGGUGGAAAUGUUAAAGCCACUACAUCUGGUAAACAGUUUGUUCGGAAAAACUCUGAGCCAUUCACGAAUUCUCUGUCGAGGAGUGUGUCUGCUAAUGAGAAAUCCCUUAAUGGUUUAUGUUCCGACAGAGAUUUUAAUAAGACGCCUAAUUCUUCCUUAAGUAUGCUUGUUCGAGCAAUUCUAUCAGAUAAGAAGCCCGAAGAAAUUCCAAAUCUUGUCGAGUCUGUAUUGAGUAAGGUCGUCGAGGAGUUUGAAAAUCACAUGUCCAGCCAAAUUGAUUUGAAGAAGGCCAAUUCUGGAGAAUCCAAUGUUUUUCGUGGCAACAAAUCCGUGUUAAAGCCCUCUUCAUCCAGUGCACAGAUUGAACAAAAGAAUUCUGCGUUCACAAACAAAGACCCUAUAUUGCAACAAAACAAAAUUAACGAUAAGGAAUCGGAAGGUAGAUUCAUGAAGCAGCAGACUAUUGUUGACCAACAGCAAAAAGAUAUUAAGGUGCUGAAACACACUCUUUCUGCUACAAAAUCCGGUAUCCAGUUCAUGCAAAUGAAAUUCAACGAAGAAUUUCACAAUAUUGGCCAACAUAUUAACGGACUAGCUCAUGCUGCUUCUGGUUAUCAUAGAGUCCUUGAGGAGAAUAGGAAGCUUUAUAAUCAAGUACAAGACCUAAAAGGAAGCAUUAGAGUUUAUUGCCGUGUCAGGCCAUUCCUGCCAGGGCAAUAUAAUAACCUAAGCAUUUUGGAUCAUAUCGAAGAAGGAACUAUAACAAUAAACACUUUGGCAAAAAACGGAAAAGGUCGAAAGUCCUUCAAUUUCAACAAAGCGUUUGGGCCUUCUGCAACACAAGAGGAAGUAUUUUCAGACACUCAACCACUAGUAAGAUCAGUACUUGAUGGUUAUAAUGUUUGCAUUUUCGCUUAUGGCCAAACAGGAUCGGGAAAAACAUACACCAUGACUGGGCCUAAUAAUCUGACAGAGACUAGCCAAGGGGUGAAUUAUCGGGCUUUAAGCGAUUUGUUCGAAAUUGCCGAGCAAAGAAAAGACACUUUCUUCUACGAUGUGUCUGUUCAGAUGAUUGAGAUUUAUAAUGAACAAGUUAGAGAUCUUCUGGUUACUGAUGGCAUAUGCAAAAGAUUAGAAAUUCGAAAUAGUUCUCAGACAGGGCUUAGUGUACCAGAUGCAAGUCUGGUCCAUGUUUCUUCUACAUCUGAUGUUAUUGAUGUAAUGAAUAUCGGCCAAAGGAAUCGCUCUGUGGGUGCAACAGCACUUAAUGACCGCAGUAGUCGCUCGCACAGUUGUUUAACGGUUCAUGUACAAGGAAGAGAUUUGACAUCUGGAAAUGUAUUUAGAGGCUGCAUGCAUCUAGUUGAUUUGGCUGGAAGUGAGAGAGUCGACAAAUCCGAAGUGACAGGCGAUAGACUAAAAGAGGCGCAGCAUAUUAAUAAAUCUCUCUCUGCAUUGGGUGAUGUGAUAGCUUCUCUUGCCCAAAAGAAUUCACAUGUCCCUUAUAGAAAUAGCAAACUCACCCAACUUCUCCAAGAUUCACUCGGAGGGCAAGCAAAGACAUUGAUGUUUGUUCACAUAAGCCCUGAGCCUGAUGCCAUUGGAGAGACAAUUAGCACACUUAAGUUUGCCGAGCGUGUCGCUACUGUUGAACUUGGUGCUGCACGAGUAAAUAAGGAUUCUUCAGAUGUUAAAGAGCUCAAAGAACAGAUUGCCAGUCUUAAGGCUGCCUUAGCAAAAAGGGACGAAGAACCAUUGUCCAGAAAGCCGAAGCUAUCGGGCAGUCCUUGUAGUUUACAGCCAUCACCAAACGGCCUAAGAAAGCCAAUGGAAGAUGUAGGCAAUAUAGAGCUUCGGGCCAAUAAUGCAUUGAUGGUGCAAAAGAGGCCAAAUCUGGAUUUAGACGAGCUACUCGGAAAUUCGCCUACGUGGCCGCUUUUCAGCCAAAGUAUUGGAGAUGAAGAUAGGGAAGUGGGACCCGGUGAGUGGGUAGACAAGCUCAUGGUAAACAAGCAAGACCCUAUUGGAGUUGAUCAAAACCCCUUCACUCAAAAAUAUUUAUCGGAUCCUGAAAAUCCAUAUGGAUUAUUAUUUCAUGCAAAUAGUCAGUUUGAUGUUAAUAAUACUACCGAUGACUUGGACGAGCUUGAUGCUGGAACUAGCGAUUCGUCUGAGCAAGAUUUGCUUUGGCAGUUUAACCAUUUAAAACUUGGGGGUUUCAGUAAUGGGAUUGGUCCAAAUGUCGAAAAGAUUCAUGCGAAACAAACCAAAAGUCCAGAACUCAGAACUAUGAUUCCGAAAUUGGGACCUUCACCGCUACGAAAAGGAGUUACUGCACAGCGGAUCGGAAGGCAGGCUGGUGAAGUAAAACGUAAAACGGUGGCGUCCAGAAAGUGAAGAUUCAAUACAAGUAUAGAGUUUUUUUUUUUUUUUUUUUUAAUAUUUCCCUCAUAUAUAUAUAAGGCUCUAAAAGCAAUUAUUCCAGUUGCUAGCACUCUGUGUUGUGUGGUCAAUGAGAAAUUUUACUAUUUGUUGUGAAAAUAGGUCACGUGUAUUUGAUUGCUGGAUUUUUUAGAAAGUGUUCCAGCCUUUUUUUUAUUUUAUUUUUUUAUUUUGAUUGAUUCUUUGGCAGUGUCUUGUAAAGCAUAAAUUCACAAAAGAAUUCCACAACCUCAUUUAUUUAAUUUUUGUUGUUUUUGUGGUUAAUUGGCUUACCACAUC